UCUCGGGCCGGGGGCUGCGCGGCGGGCGGGCCGGGCCUCUGUGACGCGGCGUUCGGGCCGCGGCCCCGCGCAUCACGGCGACCCGCGUCCGGCCCCAGCGCUGCGCAGCGCCCUUGGCACCGAGUCCUCCAGACGCCUCCCGCGGCCGGGGCAGCGGCGGCCGCAGCGACAUGAGCUACUAUCAAGUGCCGGUGGUGAUCGACAACGGCUCGGAAGUCAUCAAAGCGGGCCUGGCUGGGUCUCGGGAGCCCCAGUUUGUCUACCCGAACAUCAUCGGCCGCGCCAAAGGCCACAACUUGACGAGCGAGGGCGCGCCCGAACUGUACGUCGGCGAUCAGGCGCAGGAGCGGAGGAACGCGCUGUCCAUCAGGUACCCGCCCCCGCCUCGCGCCGCCCUGCAGUACCCGUGCCCCCGCCCAUCGCCGUCCAGCAGCUACCCGGUGGAGCGAGGCCUGAUUACUUCCUGGGGGGAUAUGGAGAACAUGUGGAAGCAUAUGUAUGAUCAUAACCUGAAGCUGAAGCCCUGUGAUGGACCAGUGCUGCUUACUGAGCCAGCACUCAACCCACUGGCCAACAGGCAGCAGAUCACUGAAGUGUUUUUUGAGCACCUGAACGUCCCUGCCUUCUACAUGUCCAUCCAGGGGGUCCUGGCGCUCUUUGCUGCUGGCUUCACAACUGGCUUUGUGCUGAGUUCCGGUGCUGGGGUCACCCAGAGCAUCCCUAUCUUUGAGGGCUACUGUCUUCCCCACGGGGUCCUGCAGCUAGAUCUGGCAGGCACAGACCUCACCAACUUCCUCCUGACGCUGCUGAAGGACCAUGGGAUCAUGCUGCUCAGUACUGCAGACAGGAGGAUUGUUGCCAACAUUAAGGAAACUUGUUGUUAUGUGACAAUGAACUAUGAAGAGGAAAAAAGUAAGAAACCAAAUUGUAUAGAGAAAGUGUACCAGUUACCUGAUGGGAAGAUGAUCAAGCUCCACGACCAGCUCUUCCAUUGUCCUGAGACCCUCUUCUGUCCGGCACUCAUGAACCUGGAUGUUCCUGGCAUUGAUAAGAUGUGCUUCAACAGUAUAAUGAAGUGUGAUUCCGACCUGAGAAGUUCCUUCUUCUCCAACAUCAUCCUUGCUGGAGGAUCAACCACUUUUCCUGGCUUAGACAAGCGUCUAGUUAAGGAUGUAGCAAAGUUGGCUCCUGCUAACACCCCUGUGCAGGUUAUUGCUCCCCCAGAAAGGAAAAUAUCCGUGUGGAUGGGAGGGUCUAUUCUUGCAUCCCUGUCAGCUUUUCAGGACAUGUGGAUCACUGCUGCAGAAUUUAAAGAAGUUGGACCCAACAUAGUGCACCAGCGAUGCUUCUGAGUACAGAUAAAAUGGCUAGAAGAAAGCAUUUGGAGUAUUUGUGAUAAAACUGGAUAUUAUAUGUUUCUGGGAGAACAAAAAUAUUUCAGUUGGAAUGCCCGUGCCUCUUGCAUGUCUAUAAUGGGAGAAAUCACAGUGAUGUCAUGAGAUACCAUGUUUUAUUUAGUAGAACUAAAUUAAAUAUUGGCAGGGACAUUUUUUAUCUUGAAGAUCUUUUCUUGUUUUGAUGCUCAGGUUACUUCUAGCUCUGUACUCAAGAAUUACUCCUGGUGGUGCUCAGGGGACCAUAUGGGAUGCCAGGAAUCGAAUCCAGGUUGAUUAUGUGCAAGGCGAAUAUGCUACCUGUUAUACUAUCACUCCAGCCUCUUUAUCUUGGAGAUCAAUUUGUGAUAGAAUGAUACGUGCCAAAAGCUGAUUUGUUGAUAUUCAUGACAGUUGCUAGGAGGAGGAAACAUUUCAUAGCAGGGUAUCAUCAUGAAAUGGAAUAAGAAUGGGUGAGGGAUGGAAGAGGGAGUGGAAAGGAGAGAAGAGGGCAGAUAUCCAGAAAAGAAUCAAAGCAAUAGAUAAGGGUCUAGAGAGGAGAAUGAACAAAUUGAAGGCAUGGUAAUAGACUUAUUAAAAGAACUCCUGGGGCUGGUGAGAAAGUCGGUGGACAGGAUGCUUGCCUUGCACAUGGAUGAUUCUACAGCCCCCUGAGGCCCCGAGGAGUGAUCCUUGAACUCAGAGCCAGGAGUAAGUCCUGAGCACCACUGGGUGUGCACACCAUCUUAAUGAGAAUAAAAUUAACUCUUCCUUUUAAAAAAUUAAAAUGAAGAACUCAUAUGGAACUAUUAUAGAGUUACAGCUUUUAGAAGGUAAAGGCCAGGAACUGUAAAUAAAUCUGAACAAUUAAAGAUAUAAGAGGACACACAAGAAAAUUAAGAUGAUAUAGUUAGUGCAAAGGUGGGUUCUUGAGAAUUGCAUGAAAGAUUUGCAUACCACAAAACCCAGAGGAUUGAAAGUUAGUUUAAAAAAGGCAGAUGGUUCUGGGUCCCUCUCCAGAUGUCUAGGCCUUUCUUUUACCCGUGAGCAUCAUCAACGGUCCUGUCCCUGAUGCCUCCCAGUCCCGUGAACUACUUUUCUGUCUUGUCCCAGACACUCUACUCACCUCCUGUGAACGAGGCCAGGCCCUUCCUGUGCUGCUCUCUAUCCCAUGUAUGCUUUCCCCAAUCUCCAGCAACGCCACACGCAUGUGGGUGAGAUCCCUGUGCUCUGUCCCUGUGCGGGGCCUCCCAACUGUCCCCCAAAAGUUCCUGUCAUCCUGCCCCCGCUUUCCUAGACUCUGGCCACUGCCACAUACAUAUGAGUGAGACUCCUGUGGUCAACACCUUGUCACUACCUGAGUGUCCAAGCCCUGCCAGUUCCUGAGCUGUCUGAGCUAUCAGGGCGUUGAAGCCCUGCCAGUUCCUGAGAUAUCCUGGACGUCUGAGCCCUGCCGGUUCCUGAGCUAUCCUGGACGUCCGAGCCCUGUCUGUACUGGGGUUCCAUGUCUUGGUGUGCCAUUUUACCUGAUUCUGGGUGUCCAAGGAGAAAAUUUUCACUGGGGUUCCGUAACUCUGAAGAGACAGACGUGGUUAUACAAGGACAAUUGAAAAACAUUUAACUAGGACCAUGGAAGAUUGGAUAAAAGUAUUCCUAUAUAAAGAAAUAGAAAGCAUAAAUAAAUCCCUUACACUCAUAGAAAGACACAAAACUAUUUACACGUGAAGAACACUUAAUUAGUGUCCUUGAAGAAAUAUUUCAAGAUAUUGCGCUUCAUGCAUCUUAUCUUUGUGGUUUGUGCUAGUGUCUAGAUUUAUUUCCACUGAUGAAGAGCUACCUUUAUCAGCACUUCAGUGCCCUACUGUGUGGAAGCUACCCAUUUCUUUCCUCUAGAGUGAUGAAUCUAGCUGGGAUUUCCUGGAACUUUAAUGGCAAUUAGAGUAGAGAGAAGGAUCCGGAAUGGUCCCUUCCACAUAGAUUGUCAUCCUGGUUGCUAAAUUCCACUCCUGUAAGUCUUAACACUAUAGAGUAUCUGGAGAGUAUCAAGUUCCCAUGUUGCCAUCUGGGACUCAGAACAUGUGCUGGCCAAAAUCUCUCAGAGUCUGUUGAAAAGAACCAAGAAAGAGAGCAUGCUUCUGUAGCAAGGACUACUCUGAACCAAAAAAGCAGUGCAGUGCAAUAUACUGGCCUUUCAUAGAGAGCUUCAAAAGGACUGAGCACCAGAUCUGUGGAAGGAGCAGUGUGCCCACGAAGCAAAGCCAAAAGAAGAAUCUCUCUCCAGUUCUGAGAGGUUUCUUGACAGUUUCCUGAGCUGUGUUUUCAAGGUCUGAUUCAUUCUACCUUUCCUGAUGAUUGA